AUGUCGAUUAUGUGGAAGAAGCAGACGGGACUGCUAAUAACAUGCGGUUGUAGCCGACAUCCUCUCCAUAGCAGGGGAAUGAAUUCUAAGGCGUCAUUACUUUCACCACAGACAAAAUCUCAACAGCAACAUUACCGCUUGUAUGCCACCAGCUCUGUUCACCAUAACAAGCAUGAUCGAAAUACUCUUCACUGGCCAGAAACAACAUCAGCUAAUAAACUGCCUACACCAUAUGAAAUCUUCAACCAAAAAAAAUAUAUGCCCUAUUCAAAGCAAAGAUUUUACGAACUAGUAAAACUAUACCAUCCCGAUCGACAUAGCUUGGAUACGAAGGUCAGAGGCCUGUCGCGUGAAACGAAACUUGAGAGGUAUAGGUUGGUAAUUGCUGCCAAUAAUAUCCUUGUUGAUCCUAUCCGACGAAGCGCUUAUGAUCGCUACGGAGCUGGCUGGAAUGGGCAAAUUGAACCCCCCCAACGUGAUAAUUGGGACAGCGGCCCGAACUCGACUAGUAGUGAUGGAGGAUGGAAUGGUGGGCCAAGCGGGCCUCAUCAAAAUGCAACAUGGGAGGAUUGGGAGAGAUGGCACGCACGAGAUGGAUCUCAAAACCCAAAUCUUGUCUCAAAUGCAGCUUUUGUAGGAAUAAUCUUAGUUUUUGCAUUUUUAGGGGGUCUGGGGCAAGCAUCUCGCGCCGGUAGCUUUUCCAUUAACUUCCUCGAGCAACGAGACGCUCUUCACCAUAGGAUUUCAAAAGAAUUGACACAGACAAAGAAGGAAUCUGUUGGAUACCAUUUUCAGGAAGAGAGGAUACAGAAAUUUAUGAAAAGUAGAGACCCAUACGGACAUAACACAAAUGAUGUACGAGAAAUAAACCUGAAACAGCUCUUGGAAUCACCCGAUAUUUGUUCCAAUAGGGACUAUCAGGGUCGACGAGAUAAUUAUAAUAAGAACAAUGAUCCCUAG